CGCGCGGUUCAAAAUGGAGGGCGGCUGAGGCGGCGCGGGAGGCCGCUCGUGAUUCUAUCCCCUUGCUUGUUGUCCUUUGCCACCUCCCGCUUUCUUUCUCUUUUUUCAGGAUGUCCGUGCCGCCCGGCGGCUCCGCCGCUCUUGGAGCGGGGGGAGAAGCGUCUAAGGAUAAGCGGAAAGGGGGAAGAAUUGUGAAGUCUCGCUACCUGCAGUUUGAGAAGAAAGGCACCAAGAAGGAUUCUUCAGCGAAUACCUCUUCAGCAAAUUCCUCUUUAGUGUCUACUGCUAAACCGUCUGCUGCUAAACCAACAUCUACUGAUAAACUAUCUUCUGCAGCUAAACCACGAUCAGUGCCUCCUCUGAAAUCUAAAGCUUUUGCGGAUGUUACCUGUAGCUCAUUAAAUCAGAGUAGCUUUGAGAAAGGUAACUUGCAAUCCACUUUAUUAGAUGGAGACAAAAUUAGUCUACCGGACCUUGAACUUUCAGCUAUUAAUGGUAAAACUGUCUCCGGAAAGAUUCCUGCUUCAAAUUCUACUGGCAAAGCCAAGACAAGGAGAGAUCAAAAACCCCAAAAUAUGGAAUGUGAUUCUCAAUCUGAGAUAGAAGAACUGGAAUCUCUGACACUGCUUUUAACUUACCUAAGAGUAAAGGCAGGAAAAAAUCUUGCCAAGCUGGAGGAAAAAGCAGAAAAAAACUUGAUAAUGUUGUGUGAAGAGAAGAUGAGACAACAGGAGAAGCUCUACGAGUUGAAGCGUGAAAUUCUGCUCAAAGAGAGAGAGCAGAAACUUGACGAAGCAUUAGACAAACAGCUGGAAGUGCUUACUCCCCUUGUUCCUGUUUGUGAACAGUUUAAAGAGCAAUAUAAAUGCUUUGCAGCUGCCCUGGAUGCCACUAGACAUGAAUUACCUAUAAAGAAUAUUCACAUAGAAGGAGAUAUGCACGCAUACCUUGGUGAGCUAGAAAAGGAGUUAACUGUCACCCAGGAACUUCUGACGGAACUUACACCAAUCUGCUCAGAUGAAAGUGCAAAAGCACUUACUGCUCUGAAAGAGCUUAAAGAAGUGUCUCAGAAAAUGAAUAAAGAGCUUCAAAGGAGCUUCACACAAAUGCAGAACCUGGCAUCUGAAGCAAGUAAAGAAGUUUCUCUGCAUAAUCAACAGAUAUGUGAAGAGAAUCAUGGACUAGAUGUAGUGAAAUGCUGGUACUUCGACUGAGACUAUGUAUCUUACUAAUGAGUGGGUGCUAAAUCAAUGCCAGCACACCUCUUGUAUGAGCGUAUAGCUUGACCAGAUCUUCAGUUAUACUAGAAUAUGAAACCAGCAACAUUUGUGCCUACUGAUUCAGGAAAAGGAGUUUUGUGUGCUUCUAUAAUGAGACAUCUUUAUUUAUAACGUGGAUUUGUCACGCCUUUCACGGCACCUUCUGCCUUGACAAUACUGAAAGGUAAAAGAUAAGAAAUGCCAUUCUUGGUAGAUACGGCCUGUGUGUUCUUAAACUUGCUGGUUUACUUUCUUGCCCCUGGCUUCAAGUGCUGUGACUUGCAUCUCUCCAAGUGGUGUUCCUAGCAGGGCAGCAGAUCAGAAUACACAUGUGGAAUUGUGGACGUGGUAUUUUGCCUUCGCUGGCCUCGUCAGAGGAUCUGUCAGAAUGUGCAGCAGGGUCACUGGUCAGCUGGGGAACGUGUUCUGGAGGAACUUUUACUGCAUUUCUGGAUUUGCUGACAGGAAAAGUAAAGCGGUAGCAAAUGAGGCUGAUGAUUGGAAGGAGCCUGGUCACUCAUUACAAGUGAGAAGUUUUGAUAACUUGAUGCCUAAUUGUCUUGAAAACGGAUUAUUAAAAUCAUAAAUGCUUUUAUAUUAACAAGAUACCUUCUCCUCAAGGAUUCUAUUAUUUAAUAAAGACUAUUUUCUACUACCAUAUCAUUAGCCUUCACAUUUGGAUAUCUUCACUGAUCUCCUACAGCAGCUCUUUUUUCUGUCUGGGCUUACCCAGGGCCAGUACUGCACUAUGCACAGUGUCAGGAGUGCAGGCACUAACCAGUGCCAACAGCAAGCCAAGAAGACCCACUGGCACCCAGAGCGCUGAGCUAGGAGAUAGGUUUGAGGUUUCUCUCCACGUUCACUAACUACUGCAUGCCUGAGAGUGGGAUCUUUUGUGAACGUACACACCAGGUGUGGCAGGUUUUUUCAGCAUACUUUCCAUUUCUAUGCAUGGAAUGCAUUUUUCUCAGACAAACGUGCUGUGUCCUGUAUUUUUCACCUGUGGUUUCUCUUCAUCUGAUUAUUUGUCAAAAUUCGUGCUUUGUAUUGGCUGU